UGCCCUGGGCCUAUGGGCUGUUAAAAUAGGCUGGUAUUGAUAAAUAAUCUCUAUUUUCAGACUGUAUUGGCUUGUUCUGCUCAUCUCUACAGCGGCGGCAGGGGAGGCGCGACCGGAAUGGCAGCGAAUUCCAAAAGAAGCGCCUUGUCUUACGGGGUACAUGACAGAUGUGCAGUCAUGGGUCGGGGAAUACGGUGAAUUUACCAGAAACGUCGAUAAGAAUUAUUCAAUCGACUUGUCAGAGACUCGCAACGUAGUGAAGAGCCUGGAGCAGAGGUUGUAUUCGACGAAGUACUCGAAACAGCACCGAUUCAAAUACUUGAGCAUCGCCAACUCCUACCUAACUAGAGUUCCUUCGAUAUUUAGAAUGGAAGACUCCUACAACCGUAGACUGGCGGAUACGCUAGAGUUCUUGACCGUGUACGGCAACAACUUUGGUGCUAUGGACCCAUACAGCGACAUGUAUAGGAUUGACAUGAACGCUACCGAUGCACGGGAGUUGGACGUUUCAGAUCAAUUUCAAUUAAGCAUUUUAAGUCAAUGGUCAACUGGUUUACACCUCCAGACGUUUCGUAGUCUCAGGGAGUUAGACCUUCGUGCGUGUUCCAUACAAGUAGUUGGUGCUAACACAUUUGAAAGAAUGCCAGAAUUAAGAAAACUAUAUUUAAGUGAAAACAAUAUUUACCAUAUUGAUGCAAACGCUUUUGAAUCAUUAAAAAGCCUGAGACAUUUGGAUUUAAGUCGUAAUUAUGCUUACGACCAACAUGGCAAUCGGUUGCCGAUUGAAUAUGGGUCACUUAAUGUUUUUAAACGUUUAAAGUUACUGGAGUCCUUGGAUUUUUCUUAUACGAGAUUCGGAUCGCGAAAUGUUGGCAUUCUUAGUCAAAUAGCAAAGAGUUUAACAAGGUUAUCACUGUGUAAUACAGGCUUAGGAAGGUUAAGAAACAAUACGUUUAAUACAACUUCUAUAAGACUGCUCGAUGUGUCUGGUAACAAUGAAAUUCUGUCCACACCCGAAGUAUUGGGAGGUUUAGAACAGUAUUUGGAAAUUUUGUAUGCUGCUAAUGUUACUUUAAGAAAUAUGGAUGGUUUUAGGAAUUUCUCGCAUUUAGAAAUUCUCAAGUUAACUAACAAUGAGAUUAGUACAGUACCUGAAAUCGUGGCAGCAACAUUGACAAAUCUAAAAAUUCUCGACUUAGACAACAACAGAAUGACGUCGUGGCCAAACAAUACAUUUAGAGCAAUGCCUAGGCUUAAAUUGUUAUCACUGAAAAACAAUAACAUAAAUAUUAUAACACAAAAUAUGUAUUUUGAUAUAGAGAAACUAUCGUUUUUGGGUUUAGCCGGCAAUUUUCUAGUUUGCAAUUGCCACGCCAGAGAUUUAUAUGAAGUUGCAUCAAACAAUGAAUUGCUUUUCAAUAGCACCACUUUCUACUCUAUCGGUGAAGAUUUUGUAGAUCCUUUGAGAUUUCAUAGAGGAUUUAAGGAUUAUAACAAAGUUAUACAUGAGAGGAGGAAUAUUACCAGUUUUUGUGAAGAAAGAGAAACUUGUGAAGUGGAAUUUAAUGAUGAAGUCGUUGGUAACUAUUUACUACUAGAUUAUGAAGACUAUGCAAGCCAGUACAAAUGCCUUUCAAUAACCGAAGGGAAGUCAACAAGACUUUAUAAUGUACCCACUUGCAGCGCAAGUACCAGAGACAUUACAGACUUAGAUGUAAUACUAUCUGAGGGAUGGAAUAAAUAUUUACUGUUGCUGCUACCGACGAUGUUGUUGCCAUUUAUGUUAUGUGCUUAUGUUUUUAGAAAGAAUUUUAAAUACUUUUUAAUAACCGUCCGAAAUUCAGCGAUGUUAAGUUUGAUCAACAAAAAUGACUCUCCAGAUGACGACACAAUUUUCAACUACGACGUAUUUGUGUCUUAUUGCAACGAGGACAGAGCAUGGGUGCUGGAUGACCUUCUCCCACACGUUGAGAAAGAUUGUAAUAUUAGCGUAUGCCUUCAUGAGAGAGAUUUUCAGGUCGGUCUCUCUAUUUUGGAAAAUAUUGUAUCCUGUAUGGACCGUUCUCGUAUGAUCAUGCUUAUAAUUUCGAAAAGGUUUCUGUUAAGCCAGUGGUGUCAGUUUGAGAUGCAUCUUGCUCAGCAUAGGUUGUUAGAGACACGCCGCGAGGAUCUCAUUCUAGUUCUUCUAGAAGAAAUCCCAAAGCGACUGAGACCAAACACAUUACACUAUUUGAUGCUAACAAAGACUUACAUAGUGUGGCCAAAAGAAGAAAGUGAACAGAACCUGUUUUGGAAAAGAAUGAAGAAGAGUCUAGUGACACACAAGUUGAGAAGUACAGAAAAUGUGUCUCUGGCUUAAAUAGCUUUGGCAUUGACUUCUUAAAUCCUCGCGAAGAAGAGUUGGAAACGCAUUCUGGUAGAUCGAUGCUUAGAGAAUCAGGGUUUCUUAAUAACGACUAGCGGAGGCCCGAGCUUUGUAAUACCUGCCAAAGGAACGAUUUUCCAAUACCU